AGCGAGCAGUCGUUGGCGGCGGGAGCGGAGGGGUCAAUCGGUGGCCAUCCGUUGGAGGUUCUCAACAGUUCAGCCAUGGCUGUGCCCGAGACUCGUCCGAAUCACACCAUCUAUAUCAACAACCUCAAUGAGAAGAUCAAGAAAGAUGAGUUGAAGAAAUCCCUGUACGCCAUCUUCUCCCAGUUCGGCCAGAUCCUGGACAUCCUGGUGUCCCGGAGCCUGAAGAUGCGGGGUCAGGCCUUUGUCAUCUUCAAGGAGGUCAACAGCGCUACCAAUGCGUUGCGCUCCAUGCAGGGCUUCCCCUUCUACGAUAAGCCCAUGAGAAUCCAGUACGCCAAGUCGGACUCUGACAUCAUCUCCAAGAUGAAGGGCACGUAUGUGGAGCGGGACCGCAAGCGGGAGAAGCGAAAGCCCAAGAGCCAGGAGGCGCCGGCCACCAAGAAGGCGGUGGCCGGGGCGGCUACCCCCGUGGUGCCCGCCGUGCAGGGUCCCGUCCCGGGGAUGCCCCCCAUGAGCCAGACCCCUCGCAUGAUGCAUCACCUGCCAGGCCAGCCACCGUACAUGCCACCUCCGGGCAUGAUCCCGCCCCCUGGCAUGACCCCCGGCCAGAUCCCCCCAGGAGCCAUGCCCCCGCAGCAGAUGAUGGCCGGCCAGAUGCCACCUGCCCAGCCGCUGUCGGAGAACCCACCCAACCACAUCCUGUUCCUCACCAACCUACCCGAGGAGACCAACGAGCUCAUGCUGUCCAUGCUGUUCAACCAGUUCCCUGGCUUCAAGGAAGUCCGCCUGGUCCCCGGCCGCCACGACAUCGCCUUUGUGGAGUUUGACAACGAGGUGCAGGCCGGAGCCGCUCGGGACGCCCUGCAGGGCUUCAAGAUCACCCAGAACAAUGCCAUGAAGAUCUCCUUUGCCAAGAAAUAGUCACUCCCUCCCUCCCUCCCCCCCCCCCCCCCAUUCCUGGCCUGCCCCCCAUCCUCAGCUUGGGGCCACCAGGCCCCAAAGGUAAGUCCCAUCUGGGGGUGGGGGGCCAGGCCUCAACUGUCCCCUCUUCCCUACCCUCUGCCUUUGUAACUUCUGGUGGUUUGGGGGUUUUUUUUGAGUGUGUGUGUGGGGGUGGGUGUUUGGAUGUGAGCUGCCGGUCUUCAGCCUUGUACCCAGGGUCUGCAUGGCAGGCAUUGCACCUGGGGCUGAGGAGCCUAAUAAAGUGUCCAACGUCGUCUUCC